CACCAAUUUUCUAAACUCUACCGAUUCUUUUUCAUUAACGUGGUUGUUUUAUCUUGAUGCUGGUGUCUCUCCUCUGAGAGAUUAUCAAGGAAAAAGAGGGAAGAAAAAAAAAACAUCUGCUAUUCUUUUUCCCCAAUUUGUUCCUGUUUUUAGUUGGUUUGUUUAUAGUUUUAUAGCUCAAGAGAAUGCAUUAAAUGGGAUUCCACCUAGGUAUGGGAGCGCAUGAGAUUAUUGUUGUUCUCAUUCAAUGUUUUGGGUGGAGAUAAUUAUGAGGGGGGAGGACAAAGAGAAAGGAAGAAAGGAGGAUAGAGGAAGACAAUGGUUUUUGAAAAAAAUGUGAAUGAAGCUUUUGAAAGAAAUACUGAGACUAAAGAAGAGGGCUUCUGAUUAUGGAUCAUUCAAUAAGUGGUUCCAAUGGUCAGCAAAGACAUUGCAGGAUUCCUCUGGAAGAGCAAUGUCUUUCUCAAGAAUCAUGCAACCAUGCAAAUCAAUAUCCAGUAGCUAACAAUGGUAAGAAUGGGGAAAGUAGUGUUGGAUCUCAUGCCCCUCAACCGAUACAAACAGAGCCUAUCAUACCUGAAGAGCAAGAUGAAGUUGUUCCACUUUCAGGAAAUCCAUAUUUCACAUGCAUUGUUUCAAAAUCUCAAACUCAGUCCCCAUUUCAACUGGGCGUUCCAAGGAGGUUCUGUUCAUUACUUCCAUCUGAAUCUGUUUCUGUGUUCCUCUCUUGCGGGAGGAGGACUUGGGAGAUGAGAUAUUGUGGGGAUGGUUCCUUGAAGCGAUUUGACCGAGGGUGGAAGAAUUUUGCUAUCGACAACAAUCUGAAGAUUGGGGAUGGUUGUGUCUUUGAACUGAUAGAUCAUAAGAAUAUGAAGUUUCAAGUGCGAAUCCUCCGGGGGGAAAUCCCAUGUCCAUUGGUUGAUGGUGCAGGAGGCCAGAGUCAUGACAGUCCCAUUAUGAUUGACUAAAGUUCAUCGGCCUGUAUGUGUUGGGAUCCCCCCUGCAAUGAAAAGCUGUGGGUGUUUCAACUCUACCGAGACAGUCAUCUUCAUCAUCUCAUGUAAUCUGUCUGGAAGGAAACCUUUCAGUUAUUAAACCAAUCGGCACUUAUUUAUGGUUGAAUCAUUCAUUUAAAAGAUGCAGCCAAAUGUUUAAACCCUCUUGAGACAAAUUUUAGGUGCAAAAUUAGAGUUUCAACAUCAUUUUUAUGGGUAAUUUAACAUUAUUUCAUGCUGUAUGCGUCUCAUUGAUUGUCAGAUUUAAGGGUUUUAUCAGGGAAGUUCAAUGCAUAUGCAUGUUGAGG